GCUGAGCGGCUAGGUAAACAAACAGGAGAGGAGAAGAAACGAGCAGCAGACGCUUUGCUGGGUUCUGGCUUAUUUAGGGACACUUUUCUAUUCACACCUCUUUUUGUAAAAAAAAAAAGCAAACAAAAAAUGACAUCCUGUUUCCUAGAAAAAAUAUUCCUUUGAUACUAACAUUUUCUAACAAGAUUUAAGAACUGCUGGUUGUUAGUAGUAGCUUGCUAGCUCGGGAAGAUUGGACUUUUUGUGUCAUCUUUUUUAUUAGAGCUCGUAAGAAAAGCUCUGUAUCGGUCAGUAAGGUGUAUUUUUUCAGCCAGUUCCAUUAGAUGCAGUACUGUCUUCCGUAAAUAAAUAAAUUUUAAAACCGAGCGUUCUUGCCGUUUGCGAAGUUCAACGUUAACGGCAGAAAGCCUCAGAGAAGAAUGACCGAUGUCCAGCUAAUAAAUAUCCAGCGGUUACUGGAGGCAGCGGAGUACAUAGAAAGAAGAGAAAGAGAGUGCGAACAUGGAUAUGCUUCGACCUUCCCUUUAAACCAGAGCACAAACUACCAGAGGCAAAGGAAGUUCCGAAAUAAAAAGUUCAGCAGCAACCACAACAGGUCAACACACAAUGAACUGGAAAAAAACAGACGAGCCCACCUGCGGCUGUGUUUGGAGAGGUUGAAGGCCCUCAUACCUCUGGGACCCGACUGCAGCCGCCACACCACCCUGGGCCUACUCAAUAAAGCCAAAGCACACAUAAAGAAACUUGAAGAAGCCGACAGGAAGAGCCAGUACCAGCUGGAGUCCCUGGAGCGCGAGCAGAGACACCUACAGCGUCAGCUGGAGCUUCUGAGUGGAGGAAGCGCCGCUGCCGUCCAGAGCAGCCCGGGGGAGGGGGAGAGGAUACGCAUGGACAGCGUGGGCUCCACCCUCUGCUCCGACCGUUCGGACUCCGACCAAGAAGAGAUUGAGGUGGACGUAGAGAGCACCGAGUUCUCCCAUGGAGAGCUCGACAGCGUGAGCAUGGCCAGCACCAGCGACCUGGACGACCACAGCAGCCUGCAGAGCAUGGCCAGCGACGAGGGCUACUCCUCCUGCAGCGUCAAACUUGCCUUCUCCUCCUAAAGCCGCCGCCGCCGCCGCCAGCACCGACCAGCCCUGCCAAACCCGCCUGUCUUUCUCCUCUGCCGUCUUCAUAGCCCAUCUAAACGUGGCGUCGCCAACGACGACAGCAUCCCCUCUCCGAGCCUUUUUUCUUUUUUUUCUUUUUUUUUCUUUUUGUUACAUCCGCUCCAUCCCGCCGUCACCUGUGGCCUCCCCCCCCCCCUCCCUUCUCCUCGCCCCGAACAAUCGGGUUUUAAGUUUGGUUUAAAGGGAGAACGGAGGCUUCGCACACACAAGUCUUCUGGAUUUUUUUAAAAACCCACUACGAGAAGAAAAAAAAGAAUUUGUAAUUGAAUUUAGACGUGAUAUUUCCUUUUGAUUUUUAAAAACAUGCACAAUCCCUGAUUUUACUGAAAAUGCACUUAAAUUUUUUUUAUAACGGUGAACUUGCUCAAGAGUCGUCGGUUCUCCAAUGCGGGCGUCUGAACCGAAACUUAACGACGGGGGAGGGAUCUCCGCCCCGCGGGCGCCACAGACGUCUUCCCCGUCGCCUCACUGCUUAUCCGCAGCACAGAGGCUCACGUCCUCGAAAUCGGUGCUACCGGGAAGGCAGGUCAGACUCGUCGCCACCCGGAGAGCGUCCUCUGCGUGUCGCGGCGAUCGCGGGAGGAAACGGGCGGAAGCCACAGAAUGCGGUUUCAAAAGUCGUGAGUUUGUGCGAAUGUUUCGUUUUCGCUCCUUUCCCCUCAGACAAGCAGCUACGACAAAGCCAUGCAGCACUCGCCUACUUCGUAGCUGUCGGUAUGUAACAAGGCACAAUCCGAGACGAGAUUAAAACACACACACACACACACACACACGCUUAUAAGGAAAAAAAAAAAAAAGCAGCAGCAACAAGGAAAAAAAAUUGUAACAGCUCCGAAGUUUGGAACAGAGGCAAGACCUUUUUUCCAGCAGUAAGAAGCAAUAACUCCCGCAGUUUUUUUUUUCUUUCUUUUUUUUUUUGUCUGUUUCAGUCCCUUUCCUUCCUCAGUUCUGUGUGACCAUCGAAAUAAACAAGUUAGAGCAAUUAAUAUUAUUAUUAUUAUUAUUUUUUUUUUGUACAUACAAAUAGCUUAAUAAAUCAAACUUUAAAAAAAGAAAAAAAGAGUUUAAAAAGCUCAUGGAUAGAGCUGUUGCUGUUUGACUUCUGUUUAUGGUGCAUUAUAAAUGAAAUUUUAUCUUUUCAACAUUUCUUUGCUGUUUGAAAUAAACUAUUUACUCGGCGCCCCGACCGGGGAGCGACGUUUUAUUGGUGUGACGGAGAAAACCCAAACAGAGCAGCUCUCUCUCUCUCUCUCUCUCUCUCUCUCUCUCUCUCUCUGUGUGUGUGUGUGUCCUGUCAGGACUUUCAGUUGGAGGAUGCGGCUGUAGUUUGGCGCAGUUAAUGUUAUUAUCAUUAUAAUUAUUAUUAUUAAUUUUUUGUUUUUAUUUAUUGGAUUUAUUUUUUAUGUUGUUGUUUUUUGUUUGUUUUUUUGGGGGUUAUUUCUCGUUUGAUAUUCCUCGUGCAUGUGGCAUUCCUCCGGUGGGUCGGGUGUUUCUGAAGGAGAAAAACGGGUCGUAUGAUGUCAAUAAUCUCCAUCCUAACCUUUCACUGGCAUUACGAAUUGCACUUCAACCACAGUUUCCUUUUCCCGCUCCACCUGCCAUCCAUUCAUGUUCCCAUUCGAAACGAGAACGGGAAGAACUCUGCUCGCUCUUGAAUAUUUAUUUCUCAGUCCCUUAAAGAGCACAAGCAGUGGGGGGGGGGGGAUGGAUGGGAGGCGAAAAAGUUAACUUAUUUUGGUUCUGUCUUAUUUUACUCACUAUUAUUCCUCAUUCCUUAUUUUAAGAAUUGUAUAUUUUAUGUUGUCUUUAAGCUGUUUUUCUUUUCUUUUCUUUUUGGGGUGGGGAGGAUUUUAAAGAAUGAUAAUAAUAAUAAUAAAUUUAAAGAAAAAAAAAAAGCAUAGCCAUUUGGUUUGAUUAUUAUUACUUUUCAGAUGUUUGACUCUAUGGACACUUGAAAUGUACUCGGGAUCCCUAAGCUGCUCCUAGUGCUGAGCCUCGCCUGUUCUGAGUCGCCGGCCUCGUCCAGAACCGUCUCCGUCCUCGAGCAGCCGCUUCAGUCUGGGGUUUUUUGUUUGUUUGGUUUUGUUUUUUUUUUAUUUAAAAAAAAUAAAAUAAAAAUUCUGUUCCGAGGCUUGAGCUGCUUCUUCACGAGACUCGCUCACAGCCAAGACUUUCACUGGCAGAUACUGAGCCAGCUACUACACAAUAAACAAAAAAGGGGGUCUAAAAA